UGAAACGUUGCUUGCGUUGCCGUUUGCGCAUGCGCGCUUUCUUCUUCGUUCACGGAAGCACCUGCGAGGGCGCUAAUGAUUUUUGUUUUUCAGCAUCACUGUGCGACCACAAAGAAUGAUGGCAUCAACAAUCAGCAUACUCUGCUCUGCAUUGGUUGCAAUGUUAUCGGCAUCCUUGGCGGUGCUUUUCUUUCCUCGUCAGUGGUCGUUAUAUUCAGGAAGUAAAUCAACACAGGAGCUACCCAGGCGACUCCUAAACAGACAGGAAUUGUCUUUGUACGACGGCGAAGUAGGCAGCAAGGGUAUUUACCUGGCGAUAUUAGGCCAGGUGUUUGACGUACACAAUGGCAUCAAGCAUUACGGGCCUGGUGGUGCAUAUCACUUUAUGGCAGGUAAAGAUGCAUCACUGGCCUUUAUAACAGGAGAUUUCACAGAAAGCGGCUUGACAGAUGAUGUGUCCAGUUUGUCCCCAUUGCAGGUGGUAGCCCUGUUUGACUGGUUGCUCUUUUAUCAGAGGACGUAUCAAACUGUAGGUUUGGUCAUAGGACGAUUCUAUUCCAAAAGUGGAACGCCCACAAAGUUUCUAUUGCACGUUGAGUCAUUACUUGCAAAGGGCCAGCAACUCAAAGCCAAGACAGAGGCGGAGAUGCUUCGAUUUCCUGCCUGUAAUUCUGAGUGGAGCUCUGCGAGGGGAGGGAGGGUCUGGUGCUCCACCAAGAGUGGUGGUGUUGAAAGACGUUGGACAGGUGUUCCUCGAAAACUAUUCCCUGCAGGUGCUAGUGGAUCCCGUUGUGUCUGUGUAGAAGAUCCAUCUGCAGCCAAGGAAAACCCCAACCUACAGGAAUAUGAUGGCUGUUCGACGCAUGCGGUUUCUUGCUCUUCAGUUGAAUAAUACAGUAGUUUAAAAAGAUGGACAGUGACAUGGAUAGUGGCACAUAACUGGGUUACUUUGCAUAAAUAAACAAGGGGGGGGAUUGUUUUAAAUGACCUUUAUGUAAAGUUGUUCUUCCUUUCUCUAAAAAGGAUACACUUGGAAGAAACGGCCUAGAUAUCUGAGCAUACAGAUACGAUACAUGUGCAGAAAAGAUUUUACAAUGUGCAUAAAAGAUUAACAGAGGCAAGAUUUAAGUGUCACAAUGGCGAUCACAAACUGCAGUAAGUACAAAAAUGGUAGCAUUGGUCAAAAAUAUUACACAUUUAUCUGUACAAUUUAACAAUACUUAAGAGACCGCACUAAUCGGCCAUCCCUAUCAUUCUGACUCCACCAACCCAUCGGACAUGUCACAUGAUCUUUAUAAAGUGCACCUUUUAGGUUUAGAAAAUCAAAGCGAUAAAUGUGUCGGGUCAAGACAACUUGACUUGAGGCAUCAUCGUGGGGACAGUCAUCACAACUGAUAUACAACCUCUUGGCCAAGUCAAAACUGGAAUGUACUCAGAUGCUGACUGAUUUUAAAAAGAAGACAUGAUCUUGAAAUGGUACAAAUUAUAGUACAUGCAGGCAUACAAAGUUGCUUGUCAGUACUUAUACAGACCAAAUGUAUCAAUGGUUCAAGCAUCCCGUUCAUCAACAAUUUCAUAUUUGUGGGCAGUUAUGCCACCCCCCAACCACACAUGAAAUGGAACUGUCCAUGUUAUGCUUCAGAGUCUUGCAAAGUGUAUUUGAUUUAAUAAUUUAUCCAGGGAAAACAGUACACAGUCACAAGAGGAAGAGUUCAAUUCAUAACGACCUUAUGAUUUUGAUUUUCUUUUACAGGUUGCAAAGCAUUUUGAUGGCGUGAGCGUAUUAUUCAUGUUGCAUUAAACAUUUCUCUCUGCAUAGGUGCCUCUCAUGAGCUGCAGAGAGUGAAAUAAUUCACCACAGAUAAACAUCUUACCAACCCUGCUUCGGUAAUUAAGAUGUUUAUCCUUGAAUUGCAAUGACCGAAAGAAGCAACUAUUUGUUUAGAAAACAAGUGAAUCAUUGCCAACAGUGAGUUUAAGUUACCUCAGUCCAGCAGUCGCGAAACUGCCUUCUAUUCAUUGAUAUCUUUUGACACUUUGAUCAACAACAAAAUGAAUAAACGUUCCAUUAAAACAUGAA